UGCACAUAGAGCUUCGCAGGGGAGAUGCACUGGAUGAUUCAAGAGGUGCCUUUUCCAUUGCCACCUUCUCUGGGGGGUUGGGGGGGGGGAUGAUUUUUAUUUUUAUUUUUUUUUCAGUUCCUCGCUGGGGUCGCUGUAAGCUGCUCUAGCAGGAGCAAUCCCCGGGAGGAAAGGGGGGGGGGGGGGAGAGAGAUCUGCUCCAGGCAGCUGAUUUACACGGUGAUUCUGAUGCUUGUCAUCAACGCCUGAAGAUCGCGAGCAGGGUCCUCCCAGGCAGCGGGGAGGUGGAGCGCGCCGCUCCCGUCGCCUAUAAGGCGCUGCCCGGCGCCUGGCUCACCGAGUCUGAGCUCUGGAGGGGGGUUUCCGCGGGCGGCUCGCCGUGCGCCUGGACCGGCUCCUUUAAGGCGAUUGCUGGAGGAGUGGCUCUCUCGCCCCCGCCUUAGCGGGAGGGUCUGGAUGGAGUAAACGAGCCCGAGGAGAGCCCGGCUGGCGUCUGAGACGGGGGAGCCAGGCGCCCGCUCGCCCCGUGCCGACCAUGGAGCCUGCUCCCAAACUCUCCAGUCGGUUGGCUUUGCUGCUCUUCAGCGUGUGGCAUCUGGGACGAACAGCAACGAAUUAUAAUUGUGAUGAUGCACUACUAUCCUCAUUGCCUCUAACAGCCUUUGACAGCUCCUCUGAGCUCUUCAGCAUUCAGAGUCCCAGCUUCGCCAAGCUCAACAGACGGGAUGGAGCUGGUGGUUGGUCCCCAUUGGAAUCUAAUCCGCAACAAUGGCUUCAGAUUGAUCUGGGAGACAGAGUUGAGAUUACAGCAGUUGCCACCCAAGGCAGGUAUGGAAGCUCUGACUGGAUAACAAGCUACAUUCUAAUGUUCAGCGAUACAGGACGCAACUGGAAACAGUACAGACAAGAAGACAGCAUCUGGGUCUUCACAGGGAACACCAAUGCUGACAGUGUCGUACAUCACAAACUUCUGCACUCCGUGAAAACCCGCUUCCUGCGCUUUGUCCCUCUGAAAUGGAAUCCCAAUGGAAGAAUAGGCCUGAGAGUUGAGGUCUAUGGAUGCUCAUACAAAUCGGACAUAGCAGAUUUUGAUGGCAGAAGUUCCCUCCUGUACAGAUUCAAUCAGAAAAUGAUGAGCACCUUCAAAGACGUGGUCUCCCUGAAGUUCAAGAGCAUGCAGGGGGAUGGAGUCUUAUUCCACGGAGAGGGACAGCGCGGAGACUACAUCACACUAGAGCUGCAGAAAGGGAAGCUCUCCUUGCACAUUAACCUGGGAGAUUCCAAGCUGCGUUUCAGUACCAGCCACACGUCAGUCACCCUGGGCAGCCUCCUGGACGAUCAGCACUGGCACUCGGUUCUCAUCGAACGAUUCAACAAGCAAGUGAACUUCACGGUGGACAAGCACACUCAGCAUUUCCGAACCAAGGGAGAUUCGGACCACCUGGACAUUGAUUAUGAGCUCAGUUUCGGGGGGAUCCCAGUCCCAGGAAAGCCAGGAACCUUCCUGAAGAAAAAUUUCCUUGGAUGCAUCGAGAACCUAUAUUACAAUGGAGUCAAUAUAAUUGACCUGGCAAAAAGGCGUAAACCUCAGAUCUACACUGUGGGCAACGUGACCUUUUCCUGCUCAGAACCACCAAUUGUUCCCAUCACCUUUGUCAGCUCCAGCAGCAGCUAUUUGCUCUUACCUGGCACCCCCCAGAUUGAUGGGCUGUCAGUCAGCUUCCAGUUUCGAACGUGGAACAAAGACGGGAUGCUUCUGUCCACAGAGCUGUCUGAAGAUUCCGGCGUUCUCCUGCUUUACCUUCACGCUGGCAGGUUGACACUUGUCAUACAGAAAGUGGCAGAAAACCCCAUGGAGAUCAGUGCAGGCAGCAAUCUCCAUGAUGGGCUCUGGCAUUCAGUUAACAUAAAUGCCAGAAGGCAUCGCAUCACCCUGACUCUGGAUAACGACGUCGCCGCAGCUGGUCACGCAACCACCCUCUCGCAGAUCUAUUCUGGGAAAAGCUACUAUUUCGGAGGGUGCCCUGACAAUUUCACCGAUUCCCAAUGUUUAAAUCCCAUUACUGCUUUUCAAGGCUGCAUGAGGCUCAUCUUUAUUGAUAACCAGCCCAAGGACCUCAUUUUAGUUCAGCAAGGUUCCCUGGGGAAUUUUAGUGAUUUACACAUUGAUCUGUGUGACAUCAAAGACAGAUGUUUGCCCAACUACUGUGAACAUGGAGGAAAAUGCUCCCAGUCCUGGACCACCUUUUACUGUGAUUGUAGCGAAAUGGGUUACAUGGGAGAAACCUGCCAUAACUCCAUCUACGAGCAAUCGUGUGAAGCCUAUCGUCACAAAGGGAAGACGUCUGGUUUCUUUCAUAUUGAUUCCGAUGGAAGUGGACCACUUGGACCAUUCCAGGUUUACUGCAAUAUCACGGAAGAUAAGAUCUGGACUGCGGUGCAGCACAACAACACAGAGCUAACCAGAGUCCAAGGGGCCGAUCCUGAGAAACCAUAUGCCAUGUACUUUAACUACACCAGCAGCAUGGACCAGAUUGAGGCCAUGAUAAACAGUGCAGAGUACUGUGAACAGGAGGUGGCUUACCACUGCAAAAAGUCACGUCUGCUGAACACCCCGAAUGGAAUGCCAUAUGUUUGGUGGGUUGGCCGUGCCAAUGAAAAGCAUCCUUACUGGGGAGGAUCUCUUCCUGGAGUUCAGCAAUGUGCCUGUGGACUGGAAGAAAGUUGUCUGGAUAUGAGAUAUUUCUGCAACUGUGAUGCUGAUAAAGAAGAAUGGACAAAUGAUACUGGCCUUCUUUCCUUCAAAGACCAUUUGCCUUUAACUCAACUCGUGAUCACUGACACAAACAGGUCGAAUUCGGAGGCUGUUUGGAGAAUUGGUCCCUUGCGUUGCCAUGGAGACAGACAGUUCUGGAACGCAGCUUCCUUCAACACAGAGGCCUCCUAUCUUCACUUCCCCACCUUCCAUGCAGAGUUCAGCGCAGACAUUUCCUUUUUCUUCAAAACCACGGCUAUGACUGGGGUCUUCCUGGAAAACCUUGGGAUUAAGGACUUCAUCCGCAUUGAAAUAAGCUCCCCUAAGGAGAUCACCUUCUCCAUAGAUGUUGGAAAUGGGCCUAUGGAAGCUACGGUGCAGUCUCCCACGCCUCUGAAUGACAACCAGUGGCACUACGUCCGAGCCGAGAGGAACCUCAAGCAAACAUCUCUUCAAGUGGAUGACCUUCCUAAAAAGAUUCUGGAGGCACCUGCGGAGGGGCAUUUUCGUUUGCAGCUUAACAGCCAAUUCUUUGUAGGGGGAACAGCUUCCAGACAGAAGGGUUUCCUGGGAUGCAUCCGCUCUUUACAUUUAAAUGGGCAGAAACUGGACCUGGAAGAGAGGGCUAAAGUGACCCCUGGAGUCAAGCCUGGCUGUCCGGGACACUGUAGCAGUUAUGGUAAUCUCUGUCACAAUGGCGGCAAAUGUGUGGAGAAGUACAACGGUUAUUUCUGUGACUGCACCAGCUCUCCCUACGAAGGGCCCUUCUGCAAGGAAGAGGUUUCUGCAGUGUUUGAAGCUGGCACCUCAGUUACCUAUAUUUUCCAAGAGCCUUAUCCAGUGACAAAAAAUACAAGCACUUCAUCCUCUGGCAUUUAUGCAGACGCCAUUAUGUCCAAGGAAAACAUUGCAUUUAGUUUCCUGACAGCACGUGCUCCGAGCCUCCUGCUCUACAUCGACACCUACUUUCAUGAUUAUUUGGCUGUGAUUCUCUCCAAAAAUGGAAGCUUACAAGUCCGGUACAAGUUGAGUAAGGAUGGCUUCCUCAUUUUCACCAUUGACUCUGGAAACCUUGCCAACCGGGAAUUACACCAUGUGAAGAUCAACAGAGAAGGAAAAGAACUCAUCAUUCAGGUUGAUCAAGUUCUCAGACUCAAGCACAACCUCUCGGAGAUUGACUUCAAGGCCAUGAAAUCGCUCACCUUGGGCAAGGUCGCAGAUAGUCUGGGGCUAGAUUCUGAAGUCUUGAAGGCGAACUCACAUGGCUUUAUCGGAUGCCUGUCCUCUGUCCAGUACAAUCACAUAGCUCCACUGAAGGCCGCCUUACGGCAUCCCAGCAUAGCCCCUGUGACUGUCAAAGGCUCCUUGACUGAAUCGAGUUGUGGAUACAUAGCAGAGGCUGAUGUGAACACUGUCACCACAGUAUAUUCCUCAUCAGAUCCCUUUGGGAAGUCGGAUGAGCGGGAGCCCCUCACCAAUGCAAUCAGAAGCGAUUCAGCUGUCAUCGGAGGUGUAAUAGCAGUUGUAAUAUUCAUCAUCUUUUGCAUCGUGGCCAUCAUGAGCAGAUUCCUCUACCAGCACAAACAGACACAUCGAAGUAGCCAGGCAAAAGAGAGAGAAUACUCAGAAAACCUCGACAGUUCCUUUAAAACUGACAUUGACUUGCAGAACACAGUGAGUGAGUGCAAACGGGAAUAUUUCAUCUGAUGGACUGUGUGUUUCCUUCUUACUCUCCUCCCCACACCUGGCCUUUUUUUCUUUUCUUACCCGUUAAUUUAUUUGCCAGCUUUUAACCUUUUCGAAGGACACUGCCCUGCACAGGAGAGAUUGGCAAACACUUUAAUGCCUCAUUCCCUUCACAAAAACCUGCCACAAUGACAUCGGCAUCUCAAGAGACCUGCUAUUCUACUCUGGACAGAAUAAGUUCACGUACUUGCACAGUUGCCUGUUAAGUUUCUGGAUUUCUCAAGUCUUAUGUUGUUUUCUGGAACCAUUUAACUCACCACUUUGUAUCUGAUCUGAGCUAUAUAAACUAGAGAUAAAGUACUGUAGCUAAAUAAGUAGCAUCACAGCUUUUGGGACAGGGUAGCAGGAAAGAAUGAGACCAAAAUUCCUGAUUUAUUAUAAGAUGCAUUUACACCAAUCAUAAAGUCAUAGCUAGAUCCUCAGUUGAUGUAAUUUGCCAUGAAACCGUUGACUUCCAUGGAAUUACUCCAGUUUUCACCAGCUGGGAAUCUGGCACGAAGUUACAGUUAUUAUUUUCUCUCUCUCCUUAUGCUCCUUCCCCCAUCCUGCUGUCCUUUUACUGUAACUUUUAGGCUUACAAAUGUUUUUAAAAAAUACAGGAAUACUGAUAACAGCAUUGGACAACAUUCAUUCCAGUGCACCUUGUAUACCUCCGUCUUAUAAGUCUGACUAUUUAGAACCAACAUACUCUAGCAUAAUUCUAGCUGAAGCAUGGAAAAUAGUACCUUGAAACUUAAAGGGUUUUAGGAGGCUUCUAGGACUUAGGUGCUCUAUACAUUUCUCUGAUGAUUUGUCUGAAACAUUAGAAGUGCAGCAUACACACGCUAACAUCAUGUAGAGAAUGAUCAUAUGCUGAGGUCAAACACUUAAGCGAUUGUGGCAAAUUAAAAACAAACACAAGAAGACAAACCCACCCCACCCAAAACAUGAGAUCUAAAUUCUGCUGAUUCAUAUAAACAAGCCAAAAUUGUUAUUAAAUUGCUUUAAAAAACUGCAUGAAUGAAGCGAUGGUGCUUCCUGUUUGUAGAAACCAGGAUGUUACCUCUCAAAGAUAAGGAAAAGGUGGCUUUUAAAAAGUUUAGUAAGACAAAGUAGACGAGCUUAAUAUCUUUGAGUGGACGAACUUCUGUUGGUGAAAGAGACAAGCUUUUGAGCUUACACAGAGCUCUUCUUCAGUCUAAGCUUGAGAGCUUGUCUCUCUCACCAACAGAAAUUGGUCCAAUAAAGAUAUUACCUCACCCACCUUGUCUCUCUAAUAUCCUGGGACUCACAUGGCUAUGAUAACACUUAGUGAAAUUCAUUCCAAGGAGAACAUUUUAAAGGAGCAUGUACAAAGUUCUGGAUUUUUAAUUUUCUUCUGUCCCUUUCUCCAGUGGUUUUCUGUUCUCUUCUGUUUGGGGACACUGGCUAGCGGAAGUAAAAGGGACUCUAAUCUGCCUCCUCUAUUCUUUCUGACAGAUCACUGAACAUGGAUUCAAAUCUUUUUCACACAAAAAAUAUUGCAAAGGAAAAUAUGCCAUAACCCACAAGGGGCGGGGGGGGGGGGAGUUUGGGGUUUGAACCCAGCGUGACCUUGCAUGAUGAUCCCAUCCCAAAUGCUAGAUGAGCCCUGACAGUGUGUUUAAUGCCAUACAGGGCCCAUCCUCGGAGCUUAACAGUCUAAGGAUCUGAUCCAGUGCCCAUGAGAAAAUGGGAGUCUUCCCACUGAUUUCAGGGGGCUUUGAUUCAGGCACCAGGGAAUCCACCGUACAUCAGGAUCCCUUGGCCCCUUUGGAGUCCCAAAGGCAUUUUCACAUGGUCACAAGGGUUUGCACUACCAAAUCUUGCUGCAGGAAAGGGAUAACAAUAACAAACAAUAGACAGCAGUGCAGCUUCACAAAGCCUCAGGUGGCCAGGGCAUGGAUGACCAUAUGGCUGUAUAGCUGGAGAAGAGAAGCCUGGGGAGGGGUUUAAAUAAAUGUAGGGAGCUUGGAUUAAUGGUUACAGAUGAUGGCUGAUAGGCCUCAGGGAAGUAGAUUUUGAGAAGGAAUAUGAGACAGUCUUGGUUUGAUAUUCAGUACGCUCACUAUGUUACACUACAAUCCUCUUUGGUCUUUUGACCAUCUUUGGGGGUGAGUGUGAUAAGUAAAAGCUAGGCCAAUACAGUGAUCAUCAGGCCAACCGACCUGGCAAGCUUACAAGGCAAGUUUAAACUUAAAGGACGGAUGGCACUGCUUCUCCCAGCUCCUGCCAGCCAGCAGCCACUGCGUCUUGUGCCAGCUGCUUGUAUGACAUUUGGUUAUGACUGCCUUUGCAUGCCAUGACUCAUAAUGAUGGACUCAUUAGCAGGAAGAUGCAGAAAGGCAUGCACCUAAUGAGAUCCUCCGCAAAGAGUUUCUUCCAUAUAUAAAGCUGCUCUGCAUGUUACAGGGGGGACACGCAUACUUAGGAACAAAUGUUCAUCUCCCUCUUUCUGUGGAUUCCAGGUUUUUCUUCAUUAUUAUCAGCAUGGUUUUGUCCAAGUUAUCUCAUUUUGAAUGUUCUCACUGAGAAGGAGCUAUUAAUUCCCCCACACAGGUAUUGCCUUUAGGAAGAAGAGAUGGGGGAUCAAAAUCCACAUUUUAUUCAGAUCUCCCACCACCCAUUACUGUGCCAUGUAUUUUUCCCUCCUCAACAUGGCAGAUUAUAAAUCAUCCUUGGGCUUUGCUACAUAUUCUUCUUUUCUUGAUAUAAAAGUCACAGUAAGAUAUAGCGAGUCUAGCCCCAAGCAAAUACAGUAAUUAAAUGGAUAGAAAAGGGAAGGGUUGAGCAAUCAGUUAGAAUCCCCUCAUUAUUCAAGUCACUGAGAGGACAAGAUUGCUUCGUGCCGUCCUAGAGUCUGAGCUUGCAAGGUACUAAGCAUUCUCGAGUAGGAGCAUGGCCCUAGUGAUGAUUGGAGGAAUGAGCGGAUCAAAACAGACAUUUUGUCUCACGCACGCACACACACACACACACAGCCCCCACCCCUUGGUUCCUGCGCAUGGGAACAAGUCUGGCCCACCUCCAAAAGCAUGCAAUGUUGGCCAAAGAGGAGGCGCAACCAGGAUGUCCAAGAGAUGCCGCGAUUCUGCCCACUACACCCUCUACCACCUUAGGCCACAGAGCUACCAGUGGAUAGCAAAACUGCCCAGCAGAACAUAAGAACAGCUAUACGGGGUCAGACUAAAGGUUCAUCUAGCCCAGUAUCCUGUCUUCGGACAGUGGCCAAAGCCAGGUGCUCCAAAGGGAAUGAACAGAACAGGUAAUCAUCAAGUGAUCCAUCCCCUGUCACCCAUUCCCAGCUUCUGACAAACAGGCUAGGGACACCUGCAAAGCAGAGUAGCAGAGUAUCACCACCGCAGCAGCUAGUUAGGUGUUAUUUGUAUCUGGAAGAGUGUUGGUGGCUCCAUAUAUAGCUCUGGGUGGGUACAUGCAUGAGAGGUGUGGGUGUGAACGCACACACAAUCCCCAAUCCAGCAAACCACAUCAGCAUAUAUUGAAUUUAAAGCAUGUGAAUAGUGGCAUUAACGUCAAUGAGAUUACUCAAAUGCUUAAAGAAUCACAAUCAGUGUUGCAAAAUUGUAUUCACCCCUGGGUAAUUCUUUUGAUGAGCAAAUUAAAGGCUUUUUUUUUUCAUCACCAUCAUUAAACAUCACAGUACAGGGCAGGCAAAUAAGAUUAGUAAAGUUUCAGGAAAAUUUAGUUAGGCUGGUGUGUGUGUGUGUCGGGGCGGGGCGUACACAUGAGGACAGAUACAUCUAUCUAUACAUACAGAUAUAUUGGACAUAAUCACACAGCUAUUCAAACCAAUAAAAACCUGCUCAGACAAGUUAACAAAUUGUGUAUGCACAUUACACUCAAAAUUAUAAACUAGGGUAUUAUAUUCUUGCAAUGAAAAAAAUAUGGAAAGCAACAAAGUAGCAUCGUAGUAAAUGAGACCAUGCUGCAUUAACUGUAGGAAGCAAACAGUCUGACUAACUUUUCCUUUUUUUAGUGGUUUGGAUCUGCUUUCUUUUAUGCAAUCAUCAUCUGUUUAUUAAUAUACUAACUAGAACUGGUAAAAAAAAAAAAACCAGGGAAACAUUUUUUGCAGAAAGAAAACUUCAACAUUUCAGUGUUGUUGCCAUUUUGUAGAAUUCUGAAUAGAUCCUUUUUCCAUUUAUCACAAUUUUUUUAAAAUUUUUCUUUGUCUUUUCAUUUUAAUUUGUCUCUUACUGAAAACCCAGUUUUCAGUGGGGAAACAAAUUUCUCAGUAAACGAAAUUUUUUGAAAACUAUUUCCAUAACAGUAGCUCAGAAGAAUUUAUGGACAAUUCUGAUCCUGUGGAAAUGCUUUAAGGAAAGUUUCGUUUUUGAAAAAAGGCCAAUUUUCAACCAAGAAAACCAAGUUUAGAAAAUUUCAACCAGCUAUUAUGCCGGUCUUGCUUUUAUUGAAUCAGUGAUGAAAAUUUGCAUUUACUUCAGUAGGAACAGUAUUGGCGUACCGGAUCUGCCCUUCAGUGCAUCAGCUUUAACAUACUUGCCAACUUUAUUCUGCAUCUGAAUUUCUUUACUGGCUCAGGAGGUGGUCAGCCUGGCUCAGCCAUUCUGCCACUGCCUGUGCUAAUGAGGCUACAUUGCUGUUUAUAGUCAUGCCAGCUCAAUGAGCGCUAGCGGGAGCACUUGUAGGUGAGCAGGGGAACCACGCCCCUUGCUUGUAGUGUCAUGUAGGCUAUGGUACUAAAUGAGCUCAGCUCCCAUUUUGAAGUCUUUUGGUCAGGUCCUGAAAUCCUUACUCAGUUCCCAUCAAUUUCAGUGGCAUGUACAUGCCACAGCGAUACAGUACUCAGUUAAAAAUUCUCAAAAGUGCCUAAGUCACUUGGCAAACUAAGUCCCAUUUUCAGAAGUGUCUUAGGGACUUUGGGCCAAAUUUUUAAAGAUCUUCAGAUGCUUAAAGAUCCAAAUAGGUACCUUGAGGGAUUUUCAAAAGUGCCUAGGCACCUAACUUGCAUUGAAAUCAACUGAAAUGUGGCUCUUUGAAAAUCAAUGGUAUGGUUUCUUCUAAGACAUUUAUGCACCUAAGAAGUAGGUAUUAACCUAGUGGGAUUUUCAAAAGUGCCUAAGCAGGUUUAGGUGCCUAACUCCCAUUUGAAAUGAAUGUGGGUUAGGUGCCUAACCUGCAUAGGUGCCAAAAAAAAACCCCAAAAAACCCCAAACCAUUAGGCACCUAAAUACCUUUGAAAACCUGGUCCUCACUUCCUUUUUAAAAUAGGACUAAAGGCUCCUAAGUCACACAGGCACUUUUGAAUUUUUUUCCUCUCAUCUUUAAAAAACAAAUAAACAAACAAAGCCUAAGCAAAUGGAAGGCACCCAGGACCUCAUAGGAGAUGCAUAGUAAUUCAUCAUAUUGGGCCCUGUGUGCUUAGUGAAACUGUCAGUCUUCACUGAAUAUCGCGGCUGAGGUUAUGCUAAUGCCAAGUGUACAAUGAAGGGGAUGUCUCCAGCAGUAAAGUUUUGACUAUUGCUUUCUAGUCAUACUUAAUAGAAAAUGCAUCGACUUUGAGGUCAGAAGGGACCAUCGUGGUCCUCUGGUCUGACCUCCUGCACAUUGCAGGCAACAGAACCUCACCCACCCACUCCUGUAAUCGACCACAAACCUUCUUUACUGAUUUACCAUAGACAAGAGGCUUUUUUCUCCAAAAGUUUAAACACUUAUGUUAAUUAGAUGGUUUUGUUAAUUAAUGUGUAGGCUAUUUCACACAAAUGCACCCAUAUUGGGCCAAUACAGCAUGGGAUGCGGUAUGAUUUGGCUAUCUAACCUGAGGCUUGAUCCUUUUCCUAUCGAAGUCAAUGGGAAUUUGGACAUUAAUUUCAUUGGGAGCUGGAUUGGAUCCUGAGUUUAUGGGAGCACUUGAAAACUGCCUUCAUUUUACACCUUUUCAGUUCUUUCUUCUUCCCUUUUGGCAUCAAAAGACCCAUCUUUGGCCCAAAGUCUGCUCUCCCACCAAAGUAAAUCUGCAGUAACUCCACUGAAGUCAACUGAGUUACUCUGGAUUUACACUAGUGUAACCAGGAGCAGAAUCUGACCCUCUUUUAAUGCAACCAUCUUAUUCCCAUUGCUGUCAAAAGGACAUCCACCUUUACCUACGAAAAAAAUGUCUUCGGGAGACAGGAUUAAGCCUAUUGCAUCUGAGAGCUGUUAUGUAGUUCAAGGCAUUCAUGGGUACAAAGGGUUAUUCUUUUUGCAGAAACUAAAUGAUGCCCAAUAAAGCACCCAGGUGAAAGCUGAUCCCUCGCUAGGCUCUAAAACACAAGUGCUAUUUCGAAGCUUUCAUGCAGUUUUUGCGAUGCCUUCCUAUCAAACAAGGCAAGCAGUGUAGCCUAAUUCCCUUCAAAUCUGAUCCAAUGUCCACUGGAAUCAAUCAGGGGGACUUUGUAUUGACUUCACUGGGAGUUGCAUCAUGCCCUUUGUUCUUACUCCCUUCUCUAAAGCUGGUUAUUUCACAGCUACAAGGCUUAAAACAAUUAUUUCUUUAAUUGAGUUUUGGGCUUUGGUGCAUUUUCUUUAGCGAAUGAGAAGUACUUGAUAUCUCAUGUAAAUUCACAUGUAUGCUUCCUUCGUGAAAUUCGAAACAUAAUUUUCUUUUGUGGGUAGGGGAUGUUGGGCCUGAAAUAUAUUUUGUUUUCUUCUGUUGUUCCUUUUGAGCCAUGGCGCUAGGAUUUUGAACAAUUUCAGUGUAUUGCUACUUAUUUUUGUGAUCUUUUGCACUCAGUUAUUCUAAGGGGGGGUGGGGGGAAGCACACACACUGGUGAACUGUUUGUAAGUUGUAAGCUAGUUGUUUGUCUUUUGUCAUGUUUUGAGUCGACAAAGGGGCCACAAGCAGAGCAAAGGAAGGAUUGAGGCAACCGUGUGCUUCGACGCUCCAGUCAGGGUAUAUAUUGUUUUUAUUUGGCACGUGGGGAAAAUGGUGCGGCGGAUGGGGCAAGGAGUAAAAAUUAGGCAGAGACCAUUAUUAUAACGCUGAUUGGCAAAGGGCCAGCCGUGGGCUCCUCCCUGCACAAGACACGCAUCAAAAAAUGGGUCCUCGGCCUCAGCAACUGGCAAGCAGGGUCCCUCCACCAACGUCAGUGGAUCUCCGCUGAUUACGCCAGGUGAGGAUCUGCUUCCGUGCCCCUCCCCCGCCGGCCAAAUGAGCUUGCAGUCGGAACAGACACGGAAAUACAAUAGGAGAUGCAAGGAACAGUCUUUACGUACAGUCUGGCCUUUUUCUCCCCCCGCUCCCGUUGGCGUGGUGAUGGCAUUUUGCCAUAUGACUGUAGCUGCUAACUUACUAAUGGCAGCUGUUUCCCACAAUGCUAGUCAUUACUAUCCUGGUCGUGUUUAACCCCAAAGGCCAUUCCAUCUGAACGCUACAAUUAACACGACGCUGCAUGGGAAAUUAUGUACUCACCUUUGCAUGCCAGUUCCAAGCCCCCCCGUUUCCUCUUGAAUCAUUUAAACAAAAUAUUUUCCCACCUGCCUUGUCAUUGCUGCUAAUAUUGAACCCACCUGUCAUGUACUGAAGUGGCCCUGUGUCUUUGGAGCUAAAAUUUAGAUGCAGCCAAUCCACAGCUCCUUGUAGAGUUUGAGACACAGCAGGUUAACCAGAAAUCCAACAUCAUUCCAUGAACAUUUGGGGAGAAGAACAAGCAGGCUUGUUUAUUCAGGCACCCAACCACAAGCAAUUGCCUGUGAGAGUCCUGAAGUGAAAUAUUCAUGUAAUCUCUUCUGUCUAAAUAAUAAAGAGCGACCAUGCUUCAGACCCACUUCCUGUCUUGAAAGCUUUGGCGUGAAACACACUGGGACAGAUUCAUUCCUCUGAGGACAAUGGAGUUCCAUCAGGGAUGAGUUUGGCCCAUAACUGAGAGAGCCUCCGAUCACCCACAGCAAGAUGUACCUGAUGCCUGUAAAUUAAAUCUGGGACUUUCCAAUCCUCAGUCCUCAAUACCGAUAGUUGCAUUCAGUGCACACGUCUCCUUAGGGAAUGGUGGGUGAUAUUUACAAAACUCAAGCGCCCUUUAAGCCCUUGAUGUGAGUUGAAGUCACCUUUAGGAACUUGGGGAGGCUCAUGGCCUGAUCCAAACCCCCUUGAUAAUGCCAGGAGUCUUUCUGUCGACGUAAUGGGUUUUAGAUCUGGCCCUCACUGCGCUGAGAUGAAUUGCACCCUACAUGAAAAACAAAGCCACAGGAUCAGCAAAACUCCUUCCUCAGGCAAGACAAGCAGCAGUCACCCAAGUUAAAAUCUGUUCUGUAUAC